AUGGCGCACUUGAAGCAGCUGCCCGGCUCGGUGGACCUGUGGUCCCCCGACGACGUGGCCAGCUUUCUGCGGCUGCGCCACUGCCCGAAGGCAAGCAUCGAGAAGGUGAAGGCCUCGGUGCGUCUGCACAGCUUCGACGAGGUGGACGGCCCGCGGGUGCUGCGUUGCGGCAUAGCGGGAUUGAGGGACCUGGGCCUCACGGAGCCACAGGCGGAAGCGUUGUGGGCGGAGCUGAAGCUGGAAAAGCCGGUGGUGGCGGAGAUGAGAUUUGAGCUGGACGGCAGGUGCGAGGCGUUUCUCUGGGGGAUUUUCAUCGCUGACGCCCUGGCAGCUCCCGCGCACUGGUACUAUGACCCUUCAGCGCUGGCAGCGGACUACGGCAGGAUCGGCGGAUAUGUGGCGCCCAAGGCGAGACAUUCGGCCAACCGGAUCAUGAACAAUCACUGGAAGGCAAACAAACACGACAUUUGCACCCUCGUUGAGGGUGGGCACAUGCUGCACGGAAAGGCGGCCAUCUGGAAAGAGCCAUACAAUCACUACCACUCUGGCUUCCAGCCAGGGGAGAACACACUGAAUGCGCAAGUGGCCAGGGUUCUAAUGCGCUGCGUCUCUGCUGGCGGCUAUGAUCCUGGGCGCUUCUUGUUGGACUACAAGACUUUCUUGAUGACUGAGGGAAGCCACAACGACUCCUACUGCGAGGCGUUUCAUCGGCAGUUACUGGCAAACCACCUCCUGCGCGGCUUGCCCUUGGAUCAGAGCGCCGGGGCUGAGAACCACGACACGCCCUCCAUCGGCGGCUUCGUGGCCUUGCUGCCGCUGCUGCUGGUGGCCUCUGCCCGAGGAUGCGAAGCCGCCUUGGCGACGGCGGAGCGGCACCUCGCGCUGACGCACAAGUCGCAGCGCCUCGCCGCCAACCUCGCGGUGUACGCGCGCGCCCUGUGGUCGGUGCUGGCCGGCAGGGACCUCCGCGAGGCCUGCGCUGCCGGCGCCCGAGAACUGGGCUGGGACCUGGCGGCCAUGGAGCUGUCGGAUCACGAGGCGGUCUACGAGGUCUUCGGCCCCGCGUGUUACAUCGGAGACUCCUUGCCGGUGGUCUUCUACCUCGCGCACAAGUACGCCGAAAGCCCCGCGGGCUUUCGAGACGCGCUGCUGGCCAACACCAACGCGGGCGGCGAGAACUGCCACCGCGGCGCCGCUUUGGGGGCGCUCCUCGGGGCGGCCUACGGCAUGGCGGGAAUUCCACAGGACUUGCUGGAUGGGCUCGACGCGCGCGAGGCCAUCCGAAAGGAAGUGAAGGAGUUCCUCCAGCGAAUCUCCGGCUGA